GAUGACGUCGUUUAACAAUUUCAGCACCAUGGACAGAUCAACACUGCCAUCCACGCAAAGCCCACCAAACAUAAUCAGCAUGGGCAUAGCAUAAUUAAUCUAUGAUGUAGCAAAGUAUCAAUAUGUAUCAAUAUAGCCUAUUUAUAAGUACAAUGUUUACAUAGCCUGUAUUUUCUAUUUCUUACAGCAUAGCGGUAAGACAGAGCACACAAAGCCUAGGGCGCAAUUCUGUCGAUGUAGAUCGCCGCUGAGUGGUGCAUGCGCGUCAGUGCAAGGAUCCCCUAGCGUAUUCUGAGAAGAGAUCAUCCCUCGGUGCUGCGUGGUAGAGAGUUGAAUAUAGCUGUAGAGGAGAAGCGUUCUGUGUAGAGGGGACACCGGGAAAGCGUAAUCAAUGAGGGUGCAAGCAACAUUUAUAAAGAAGUCGGAUUCCAAACGUUGAAACACCCUCAUAACGGAAGGGUGAUAAAGGGGGGACAAGCGCUCGGUUCCGAGGGAGAACGCUUUCCCUCAUUUGUUUCUACUAAGAAGGAGCGACCGACUCCCUUGCAAUCAUGGGGAACCGGGGUAUGGAAGACCUUAUUCCUCUUGUGAAUAAAAUGCAAGAUGCCUUCUCGGCCAUCGGUCAAAAUUCCCAGUUGGAUCUGCCUCAAAUCGCUGUGGUCGGCGGGCAGAGUGCAGGGAAAAGCUCGGUGUUGGAGAACUUCGUUGGGAAAGAUUUUCUUCCCCGUGGCUCUGGCAUCGUCACCCGCCGUCCCUUGGUCCUCCAGCUGAUCAACUGUCCCACAGAAUAUGCUGAGUUCCUUCACUGUAAGGGGAAGAAGUUCACAGACUUCGAUGAGGUUCGUGGGGAGAUCGAGGCGGAGACGGAUCGCAUAACUGGGCAGAAUAAGGGAAUCUCACCUGUGCCAAUAAAUCUCAGGGUCUACUCCCCACAUGUCCUGAAUCUGACUCUGGUGGACUUGCCAGGGAUGACCAAGGUCCCAGUAGGGGACCAGCCUGUGGACAUUGAGCAGCAGAUCAGAGACAUGUUGUAUCAGUUUGUGACCAAGGACAACUGUCUGCUGCUGGCUGUUUCCCCGGCCAACUCUGACCUGGCCAACUCGGAUGCCCUGAAGAUUGCCAAAGAAGUGGACCCACAGGGUGGGUGUUACAUUGGUGUGGUGAACAGGAGUCAGAAGGACAUAGAUGGGAAGAAGGACAUCACAGCGGCUAUGGCUGCAGAGAGGAAGUUCUUCCUGACCCAUCCUGGAUACAGACACCUGGCUGAACGCAUGGGCACUCCCUACCUACAGAAAACACUCAACCAGCAACUGACCAAUCACAUCCGGGACACUCUGCCGGGGCUGCGGGCCAAGCUGCAGAGCCAGCUGCUGUCUAUAGAGAAGGAGGUGGAGGAGUACAAGAACUUCAGACCUGACGACCCCUCCCGCAAGACCAAGGCCCUGCUGCAGAUGGUGCAGCAGUUCUCAGUAGACUUUGAGAAGCGUAGAGGCUCUGGGGAUCAGAUCGACACAGCAGAGCUGUCAGGCGCCAAGAUCAACCGCAUCUUCCACGAGCGCUUCCCCUUCGAGCUGGUCAAGAUGGAGUUUAACGAAAAGGAGCUUCGCAAGGAGAUCAGCUACGCCAUUAAGAACAUCCACGGCAUUAGAACUGGCCUCUUCACCCCGGACAUGGCCUUUGAGACCAUUGUGAAAAGGCAGAUCGGCAAGAUCAAAGAGCCCUGCCAGAAAUGUGUGGACAUGGUCAUUUCUGAGCUAGUCAAUACCGUUAGGCAGUGUACUCAGAAGCUGGCUCAGUACCCCAUGCUGAGGGAGGAGAUGGACAAGAUUGUCACCCAGCAUAUCCGAGACCGCGAGAGUCGCACCAAGGACCAGGUGAUGCUGCUGAUUGACAUUGAGCUGGCCUACAUGAACACCAACCAUGAGGACUUCAUUGGCUUUGCCAAUGCUCAGCAGAGGAGCAGCCAGGUGGCCCAGAAGAAGCAACCUGGCAACAAGGAUGAAAUCAUGGUGAUCAGGAAGGGCUGGCUGACCAUCAACAACAUUGGCAUCAUGAAGGGAGGAGCCAAAGAGUACUGGUUCGUCCUGACCGCUGAGUCCCUGUCCUGGUACAAGGAUGAUGAGGAGAAAGAGAAGAAGUACAUGCUCCAAGUGGACAAUCUGAGGCUGAGGGAUGUGGAGAAGAGCUUCAUGUCGAGCAAGCAGAUAUUCGCCCUGUUCAACACUGAGCAAAGGAAUGUGUAUAAGGACUACCGUCAGCUGGAGUUGGCCUGCGAGACUCAGGACGACAUAGAUGGGUGGAAGGCCUCCUUCCUUAGAGCCGGGGUGUAUCCUGAACGCGUCACGGAAAAGGAGGGCAAGCAGAGUGAAAGUGGAGACGGAGAGAACGGCUCAGAUAACUUCAUGCACUCCAUGGACCCCCAGCUGGAGAGGCAGGUGGAGACCAUCCGCAACCUGGUGGACUCCUACAUGGCCAUCGUCAACAAGACCAUCAGGGACCUCAUGCCCAAGACCAUCAUGUACCUCAUGAUCAACAACACCAAGGAGUUCAUCAACGCGGAGCUGCUGGCCAACCUGUACCACUCUGGGGACCAGAACAGCCUGAUGGAGGAGUCCCAGGAGCAGGCCCAUCACCGCGACGAGAUGCUCCGCAUGUACCACGCCCUGAGGGAGGCCCUAAACAUCAUCGGUGACAUCAGCACUACCACUGUCACCACCGCCAUGCCGCCGCCUGUAGACGACUCCUGGCUGAGGCCGGGGGGAAACAACUCCGGGGGAAGGUCCCCAGCCAGCAGUCCCACUCCGAACAGAAGGGCUCCCCCAGGUCCCCCUGGUCGCCCUGUCUCCCGUGGCUCAGCCCCUGGUCUCCCUCCUGGACCCCCUGUCCCCUCUCGCCCAGGGGCCUCCCCGGACCCUUUCGGUGGGCCCCCCCCAUCAGUCCCCUCCCGGCCUAACCGCGCACCCCCCGGUGUGCCCAGAAUCACUAUCAGUGACCAAUGAGGACUAACGCUUCUGUGGUCAAGGGGGUGAGUGAAGACAUCAGGUUUAAAACCACCAACAACCCAAUCAGUGAUGGUCUAUACAUAGAAACCUAUAUACACACACACACCUAUACAGUGCACCUCUCCCGCUCCCAUGUCACUCAUGCGUUCCAUUGCUGUUUGAGAGAUGUGAGUUGACCCCCCUUUCUACCAGUGGACUCUGUCUGUAGUUUGUUGUAUUUUUGACCCUGUUGGUAAUAAUAGUAUAUGGGCUCAUUAGCCUACCCACAAACCCCUGUUUCAGUAUCCAUAUCGUACUCACCUCAUACAAACCUACCCCUCUUCACAACACCCUUGAGUCUUAGCAACAGCCAAUAAAUAAAAAAUAUUAGCUAUUAUGAAAUGAAUGAUUAAUUCAGAGUACAUUUUAUCAUGGACAUAUCUUACUUGUGUAAUGUAUCCUGUGUGGUGCAUCUUCUGAAAUUGUGUUCCACUUGUCUAGACGUUAGUUGACAUUGUAUGAAUACUGAAUAUUAAAUUAUUACAAAUAAGUGACUGAGUGUGGUGUACAAUGAAACAUGAUAAAAUAAAGACAAACAAAUAAGUGAAUAAUGUUAUAUGAAAUCCUUGGCUAUGGAUGUGUUGAGUAUUGGCAGGUUGUGAUUAGUAGUAUGUAGAAUCAUUUUUCGCUUGUUUCUCGGUCUCUGUCCGGAGAGGAAAUGAGGGGGCAGAGUAAAUGUUUGUAUUCUAUCCUGCUGUGACAACUUCGUCCUGUAUCUUAUCUUACUGCUGUCGGUGGAAUGUGUCUGUCCAACAGGACUGCUUUGUCAAGAGAUUAAAAGUCAGCUUACUGUA